UAAUGCACACCCGACCCCUCACGAAUAAUGCACACCCCACCGCCUCACGAAUAAUGCACACCCCACCGCCUCACGAAUAAUACAUCUCGGACCGCCUCAUGAAUAAUGCAUCAGGGCCGCCCACGGGCGCCGCGCUCGUGCCGCGGUGGAACGGCCGCGCGGCCGGGAGCGAUCCAGGGGCGCGCGCCGGCCGGAGCGGCGCCGGUCUCCCGGCAACAGCCGCCAGCAGCGCCCGGACGGCGCGGCGGAGACAGCCUCUGGGCGGGCAGAGCUCCGCGCCGCGGCCCCGGGCAGCGGCAGCAGGGUCGGGUCUCUCGGGCCGUAAGCGCAGCGUGUGGAGACGCAGCUUGCCGAGGAGGGAGGCCGGCGGAGCGCCGGGCGCGGCCCCGCAGGCACUGAAUGGAUUUUUUUCCACCGGUGGCUCCUGUGGUGGCAGCUACUAAGUUUUCUCCUGGUUCCCAGCUGAAAUACCAGAAGGACAACUUUCAGCAUGGAGUCAUAAUUGACAAAGAGGAAAGUUUAAAAGAUCUCUAUGCACAAAAGAACCAAAGAUAUUCUUAUUCUAUGUCUGCAGAAAGCACUCAGGACAAGCCCAGGCAUGGAGGCUUCUGGUCAGGUGGACUAGAGAGCAAGUAUCUCAUCAGCCAGACCUGUACUCUGUCAGCUAAAUCAUUAGGCAGACAUAAAGAAGGAGUGGACCGUGCAUAUCCCCUGCAACCAAUUUCUCACCACAAGAGUGCAAGAGAUCCACUGCUCAGCACUGGAAGUUCCCCCCACGUGCAGGAAGCUCCAAAUAGUAGAUCGAGCUCAAUAAGCAAAGAGAUGGCUCUAGCAGGGAGAUCUCAGUUAGCUGCGGUGCUCUGCCCUUGGACACGAGAGCCUGAACCAUCAGCUGCCCAUCUACACAGGAGAGAGCUGGCCUACAUCCUAAAGCUGGAGGCAGAUAGAAGGAACCUAGAAGAGGCAAUUCAAAAGAAAAAGGCCCUUCUUGGAGAGAAGCUAAAGAGGACAGAGGAGACACUCAGGAGGAUUCAAAGAGAGAAGGAGCUUAUCAAAGUAGGGGAGAAAAGUGAAGUGGAGAGGACAUACGAGCAAAAGGCCACAAGGCACCUUGAAGGGAAAACUUUCAGAGCUGCAGACACGCCAGGUGUUGGGAUCUUCAGCAGGGCACAGUCUGCAGAGGACACCAUUCCCAAGUCUGGCACCACUCCCCAUCCCCAAGAGCUGGCUGUGGGGAAACUCAAGGAGUGGCUGGUGGCCGCAAAACACAACAAAACAAACAGCAAAACACAAGACAACAUACCCAUGGAGCAUUUAGCUUCUGGUUCAAAACUGGUCCCAAAGCAGAGCCUUUCUCUCUCUGCCCUCUCAGACCAAGAUUCUGAUGACCACCCUUCUGCAGAGCUGCCACACAUGGAGGCUGCUGGUGCUGUGGAGCAGGAGGGCUUUGGACAGUGCAGCUUCUGCAGUCGUAAGUUUCUCUGCACAAGGCUUGAGAAACACAUGAGUAUCUGUAGCAAGAACCAAGACUCCAAGAGGAAAGUGUUCGACUCUAGCAAGGCCAGGGCUAGGGGAACAGAACUGGAACAGUAUCAGCAGCAGAAGAGCUCAAGGACUCCUCAGAGUAAAACACCGCCCAGAAAGAGCAACUGGAAACAGAAGCACGAGGCUCUCAUCCACAUCAUGGCACAGGCCCGCCAGGCGGAGCAAAUCCUCGCUAAGGGGAGGAAGGUGUCUGGCCUGCCCCCACUGCCUCCCGUCGAAAAUCCAGACUAUGUUGCCUGCACCUACUGUGGACGCAAGUUUGCUCCCCGAGUAGCUGAGAGGCAUAUUCCCAAAUGCAAAAACAUCAGGAACAGGCCCCCACCUCCACCACAGAGGAGGCGCUGAUGAGGCCGAGCCCAGCUGUAUCUGCUGCUGUGAUUCCCUGCCUGGUUUUUGCCAGACUCACAGUUAUAGACAUUUGUGUUUUCUAUAGUCUCGACACUGGCUGCAAGCUUCUAUGUACAGCAAGUGAACAGCUCAGGACUAAUCAGCUGAAAAACAGAGCUUGUAUACUUUGACCUGCACCCUAGGUUGCCCAACAAAAGAUGCUGCUUUCCUCAGCAUAAGAAGCUCAGGAUCAGAAAUUCCAGGGGUUAGAAAAGCUAGCAAUAGCAGGCACUUACUGUUUGGAUCUUCACAUCAAUUCAUGUGCAUAGAACAAGGAUACUCUGAAUCAGCCAGGCCCUUGAGGCAACAGCACAACCAUCACAAUCAGAUUUAGUAUUUUAAAAAAUGGAGUUUUCUUCCUGCAGGCCAAGUUGCUAGGAACCUCUAAAAGCAAAGUUUUCACCCUUUCUUAAGUCAUCUGCUUAUUUCAUCUUGGUUCCUGCAAUGGGAGGGAAUUAUUACAAAAACAUAUCCCUUCUUUUGUUUUCUUCUUGACAUGUUAUUUUUCUAGAUUGUGAUUAUUAAAUGUAUUAAACUAG